AUGGACUGUGGAAGUACCGGAACAGCUGCGGGGAUUGACCCCAAAAUUCUCGAUAAUUGGCAAACCAACGGUGCUUUCUCAGUCGCGUCGUGGGAACAUCUAGGAUAUGAACAACCCCCCGAAUGGGACACCAGCCAGGACUCUAGCCAAUGCGCCGAUGUUGCGGACCUUGGGGCCUUCCAUGACCCGCUAACCGCCUCGCUGCUGGAUCGCCAGCGCCCGGAGAAUAGAAAGCGUGAUCUGAAUCCAGAGAAUCCAGAGAACUUCAACUUUGUUGACGCUCCUAUUGAAGGCACGGGAAGUGGCACCGUUAGUCCUCGGACUCAGCCCUCCUCGACUGAUGACAAUUUUCACACCGAUGAGACAUGGCCUCAUUUCCAGCUGUUCGGCUCGUCAGGAUCAACUAUGCCCCUCGACACGGCUAUGAUGUACCCUUAUAGUAAAGGCCCGACACAAUCGAAUGGUGCUGUUAUCGUCGAAGAUCUAGGUGAAAUGCCCCAGGAUCAGGGAUUUUCGGACCCCCCAAAUGAGGCCAUGAUGUUUCAACAAAUGCCACAGGGAUUCCCUAUGAUCCCAGAGCAAUGGGAGAUUCCUCAUGGCAUCUCGAUGGAGGACAUUCCAGGACAAAGCGCGUUUCAACUCGCGCUUGAGCCUCAGAAUAACAGCAAGGAUCAAUCGCUGCGUGACUUUCAGCAGCCGUCUAUUCGGUCUCUUGAGUCACGCUGGUUGAAUAAUCUGGAAUCGCAGUUACCUGUUACCCAGAUGACCCCUCCAUCCUUGCUUUCCUCGCCGAAGCGUACUCAGACUGGUCCCGACGGCUUCCAAUACAAGUCAGAGAACUCUUCGGUCUCCGGGGAUAUGUCGGGGAUUUACGAAUGCUCGUUCUCGGCGACAAGUGAGGACCCGCCCGCUUUUGCAGAGCACCAACUGAAUGAUACUGCUCAGUGGUCGCUUCCUACACCGGACUCUGGUUCUCCGGAGCAGUCGCACUUUGGAACAGCCAAGGCCACGGCCUUUAUGGUCAGUGAGUCUCCCUCCGAGUCACUGCUCAGCACUAUGCCUUCGCGGCCAAGAAAUUCGUCGGCUACUGCACCGCGUCCUUCUGGUCGGCCUAUGCCUCUUGCUAUGCAGUCCACAGGAGCGGUUCGGAAGCGCAAGAACCGAAACGCCCAGGGCUCCAUCGACCAGGGACCAUCAAAGCCUUUACAGAUUGUCCAAGAAGAUGGCCAAGGUGGUUCUAUUGCAUCCGCGGAUUUCGUUUCGCCCCCACGGGGCGCUCGUCGCAAAGGUCCGCUGAGCAUGGUUGGAAGGGCCAACGCCGGUGCGCGCCGAAAGAACAAGGAUACUUGUGUCCAAUGCCGAUUGAACAAGCGCAAGUGCGAUGGAAGCUCGCCUUGCGAUGCUUGUCGUCCCACACUGCAUGAACAACCGUGUGCGCGUGCUUGUUUCUCCAGCAUUGUAGAAUUCGGAACUUGCAACUACAUCUCUCAACGAGCUGUGAACCAUCCGACAUUGGAUGGCAGUGGCCGAGUGCGAAUGGAAAUUCCCUCGGAGUUCGAUAUGAGUCAACUUUUGUCUUUCCUUGGUGAGCGCCAGGGGCGGUUCAACAUCCGCGCCAGUCAGGCUUGGGGCUCUUUGUAUGUUCUUGACCUUGGUGAGACAUACCGCUUCCUGAAGAGUCUGAGCGAAUAUAAUGGCAACUCGAAGUCAACCUUCCUUGAGUUCAUUGAUCGUCGCAUUGUUGAAUCUAAGGACAAGUCGAAGAACUGGUUGACCUGUGUCAAGGACUGUGACCCAAUGACGCAAGCAUACUCCUUGCUCUCCCAAUGGAACAACAUGCCUAGCCGUGCGAAAUACACCAUUGUCCCUCUCGACGAGAAUGGCCAAGAACGGGACAUGGACAUCAACAACCCCGACGAUAGACGGGACAUUCUUCUCGCAGCACAGCUGUCACGUAUCGUCUGCCGUAUGAUGGAAGUCGAAGGUUUCCGCAAGCUAGAGCGAGACUUCUACAACAUCAAAUGGAAGCAGAUUUCCCACGAGACCCAUGUUCGUUUCCUGAACGAAUUAGGACACAUCCUGCUUUCACUGCGAUGGCGUGUUUCUUGGUGGAAGCAACUAGGUGACGGUGGUAAAACUCCCGACCCCAGUCAGCAACACUACAUUGACCGUGUUGAGCUACUUUGUCGCAUCCUGUAUGUCUACUACACCUGCGUUCUAGCCAAGUUGCCCUCAUGGUCGACCACCGAUGUACCCAAGGGCACAUGGUCUUCAUAUGCAGACUCAGAGAACGCAGUGUGGGACGACUUCCCCUCGGACCCAACCGACCUUGGCUUCCAGAAUUGGAUGGAGCAUGGUCAAGAGUUGAUCGAGCAAGCCGGCGUUCCCAGCAAGAUCUCCAAGCACUAA